CGCUGUGUCAUUUUUCAUUCAUUAUUCUUUUUCGGGUAUAUUAAGCAGUCGCAACUAGUCGCAAGUGAUGGAUUACUGAAUAUGCUAUUCCAUAAGCCUUUCCGGUGAUAUUACGCAGCUCUCUCCUCCUUUGUCCUCUCGCCGGCGACCUCAUCGACCUUCAAAAUGGCCGCCUCCGUGACGGAGCUCGCCUCCAAGCUCUACGAUGCCUGCCAGGCCAAUUUCGCGUCCGACCAUCUCUUCUAUCAGCAAGAUCUGUUAGGUCUGGGCGUUGUUCCGAAAAAUGACCUUCCGCUUAUGUUACAAUGCACCCAGACGCUGGUAGACCAGAAAUUGUUCCGUCUGCUCGCUGGUAAAAAUGAUCGGCUGGCAUGGAAGAUUAUCUCUCGCGAAGAUGCGGAUAAACUGCAGAAUCUGAGCCCCGACGAAAGUUUGGUGUAUAAUGUGAUUCAUUCGACUGGCCGCUCAGGAAUCUGGGUCCGCGCUAUCCAGACCCGCACCAACCUACACAAGUCCAUUCUCGACCGUUGCCUCAAGUCGCUCGAAGGCAAGAACUACAUCAAAAGCGUCCACAAUGUCAAAUUCCCCAGUCGCAAGAUGUACAUGCUCGCGGGCCUGGCCCCGAGCGAGGAUGUCACCGGAGGCGCCUGGUUCACGGACGGAGUGCUGGACGCGAACUUCAUCAACAGCGUCGCGGGCUACAUCGAGUACACCGUGAGUCGCAAGAGCUGGUACGAGGUGCCCAGCGCCGAUGGGCCGGGGAAGAAGCGCCUUAAGACCGGGGCCGGCAGCGUGGCUGUGAAGCCAGAAUCGGGUGAAAAGCAAUAUCUUCCGUUUCCCGCUGGGUAUCAAGGGUAUCCGACUGCCAGUAUGAUCACGGCCGCCGUGAACGAGAGUGGUAUCACGCCCGUGCGACUGGGCGAGGAGAGUAUUGUACAACUCCUCGAAAUGCUGUGCUUCGACAACAAGUUGAUCGCGCUGAAAAACGGCGAGGUCUACAAGUCCGUCAAGCACCCCGAAGCAGUGAAAUCCGCGCAAGCACGGAAACCCGGGGGCGAAGACGCGGACGAGAUAGACUACCUAGUCAGAAAUGGCAUGACAGAAGCGCCGUGCGGCCAGUGCCCCGUGUUCAAACUAUGCGCUCCUGGCGGAGCGGUCAGUCCAGAGACAUGCGACUACUUCGACCCGUGGUUAGAAAAGGCGCUUGGGUUCUGAUCGUCGGUCACAUAUCGAUCGGCCUGUCACUCUUUUCUAUAACCCGGUGGUUCUCCGGGCUUUCUUCUUUCUAUGCCUUACUUAUAAUCAGGUGGCUGGGAAGAUCAUACCUCUUUGCAUAGCGUUGGCGUUUUAUUUAAAAAGUUCUAUUUGGCAUUGGCAAGGUUGAGAUCUCAUGUGAUGAGAUUGUAUCUAUAGCUAUAUCUAACGAAAUUUAGAGAAGGAUAAUUGAUCCUGAUUUAUACAGAGUACAUCAUGGAAGAAUGAGGUCGUAGCCGAGUGGCCAUGGUCAAUGAAUUCAAAACGCAAUGGGUAUAAUGUACAGUAAAGCAGUGCGCGC